CUAUUCUUUCUUUCCUCCACUUAUGAAGCCCUUCUUUCCUCUCACCUACCUCCCCCACCAAUUCUUAUAAUUCCCCAUUCGGCCAUCCCCUUUCGGCCUUUCCUAGUCUUCGCCACCAUACAUAUUUAAAAAAAAAAAAAACAGAGUCUCUGGACUCUGGCUACCAACCUUGUAUUGUUUUUGUACAUUCCCCUUUGGCUUUUCCCCUUCCCCUGCCUCACCCAUCGUCGAUGGCGGAUAAUUCCCUGGCGCCUUCCUACUCACCAAAUUCUUCAUGUUUCUUGCGUUCACGUCCGAAUUUAAUUACUCUAGCAGGGAGAACGAGUAUCAAUUUGAGAUUACGUAGACCCAUCCCGUCCAUUAAAUGGGAGAAUACAACGAUUACUGGUCAUGACGUGGCGGAGAGGCAGAUAGGCGGCGGAAGGAGGCGGUGGUACUGGUCGGUUAGGUGCGCGGCGGAAGGGAUGGAGAGGGGGAUGCUUAUGGGAGGAAGAGAAGCCGCCGCCGGUGAGAUUGCCGGAGCGUUGUCGACGGUGCCGGAGAGGUAUACGGUGGUGGCUCUAACGGCGUUAGUGAUGUGCCUCUGCAAUGCUGACCGGAUCGUAAUGUCAGUCGCCGUCGUGCCUCUCGCCGCCAAGUUCGGCUGGUCCAGCUCCUUCUUGGGAAUUGUCCAGUCAUCGUUUCUAUGGGGUUAUAUAUUCUCAUCGCUAAUUGGAGGAGCAUUAGUGGACAAAUACGGAGGGAAGAAAGUGUUGGGUUGGGGAGUCGCCUUAUGGUCUUUAGCCACCGUCCUAACUCCAUGGGCCGCCAAUCAUUCGACCCUCAGUCUUUUAGCAGUUCGAGCCUUCUUCGGGCUUUCCGAAGGCGUCGCUCUUCCUUCCAUGACCACCCUCUUGUCCAGGUGGUCUCCGAGCAAUGAACGCGCGACUGCCGUUGGGAUCUCAAUGGCUGGGUUUCAUCUCGGCAAUGUUGUAGGGCUACUGCUAACUCCCAUUAUGUUGUCCACUGUUGGAAUCUCUGGCCCUUUUGUUCUGUUCUCGUCUCUAGGGUUGGUUUGGGUAGCAACAUGGGCGGGUCGGGUAACCAAUGACCCGAAAGAUAGUCGUUUCAUGAGUAGGACAGAGUUGAAGCUGAUCCAAGUUGGUAAAAUCAACUCAUCAGCCGACAGUAGCACUAGCAGCAGCCAACGUCCAUCACUGGGCCAGUUGCUGUCAAAGUUGCCCUCAUGGGCAAUCAUCUUUGCCAAUGUGACCAACAAUUGGGGAUACUUUGUUCUUCUCUCAUGGAUGCCUGUCUACUUCAAGACGGUGUUCAACGUGAACCUAAAGCAAGCUGCUUGGUUCAGUGCUGUUCCAUGGGGGACCAUGGCAUUUUCGGGCUACCUGGCAGGAGCAGCGUCAGAUCGACUUAUCAAAGUUGGGUAUUCUGUAACUUUAGUUAGGAAAAUCAUGCAGUCAAUUGGUUUCAUUGGACCUGGCUUAGCACUUCUUUGCCUCAACUAUGCCAAUACACCAACCACUGCAUCUGUCUUCAUCACAGCUGCCCUUAGCUUGAGCUCUUUCAGCCAAGCCGGUUUUCUACUCAACAUCCAAGACAUAGCACCGGGAUGUGCAGGGUUUCUUCAUGGAAUCUGCAACUCAGCUGGAACAUUGGCAGCAAUAGUGAGCACCAUUGGGACAGGGUAUUUUGUGCAGUGGUUGGGAUCUUUCCAGGCAUUCCUCACGGUUACAGCAGGGUUAUACUUUGUUACUGCUUUAUUUUAUAAUUUAUAUGCUACAGGAGAACAAGUGUUCUAAUCACAAAUGAGAAUAUUAAAAAAAAAUUAGAGGAGGAAAAAAGAAAGAGAAGGUUAUGGUUACAUGUAAAAUGUACAGAAAUUAGCCAAUUCUUUCAUUAUUAUUCAUAACAAAUUGAAAUUAAAAUAUCUAUGAGACAACUUUUUUAUAUUAACAUCGGGUGGUGUUUGUAUGAUGUCUUGGGUAUCUAUAUGUGUGUUGGCUAAUGAAAGAAAAAUGAAGAAAUUAUUAUCUUAUUAGAUAAAGAAAACGUUAAUUAUCCU